AUGAUGUUUAAUGCCUCCUCAAGUGGCUUUUCAAAGUAGUGGUGGAUGAGUGGAUCACUCCUCUUCUGAAUAUCUAUCUCCAUAGGCGCAACCUUGUCACUUGUCAGGCUCGUCCUGGCCCAUGGGUUAUUGGGGCUGUGGGGCCCGACCAACUUUUUAUCGUCGUCUCUGAGGCUCAUUGUUUGGGUCAUUGGGUGGGUGGAGGCUCCAAAAGCUGAACGGAUUAGCUGAACUUGACCGCUCUGUUAUUGACUUGCGGGACCCGAAAAAGGAAAAGGCACUUUACCUUUCAAGGGAAAUUCUAAUAUAUACCUCCUCCAUGAUUCUCAACUAUACAUUCCAUAAGAAUAUCUACCGUCAAAGACUCGAAUCAGUGUAAGUUGUGGGACCCACUAUCGGUAAAUCGAUCUGUACUGGAGACCAGAGCAAGUCAGCGAUCAGCUUUUUGUAACUCCUCUCUGAUGAACGGCCCAAAUUUGCACAGCGAUAGAGGUCCCAAGAAGGCUCUGAUUUCUGAAAAGUACAAAAGACAACCUGCACUGAGCAUCUUUCAGUCUCCAGACUGCAAGCAAGGGAGAAAGAAUGGGAGCAACCUAGCGGGAGUUUCCACGACAAGGGAUAAUUAGUUAUAGUAUAAACCAUCCUAUCGUUAUGGUUUUUGGUAUGGGUGAUGAGGAAUCAUGGAGUAAGCCCCUUGGGAGAGCAUCUGUGUUUUACUAUGGUGUUGGCCACAUGCUUAAUGACAUCACAUCUGCCUGUUGGUUUACGUAUCUCUUAGUGUUCUUGACAGAUAUUGGCCUGACCCCAAGAAAUACAGCUACCGUUAUGCUUUCUGGUCAAAUUGCUGAUGGAUUUACAACAAUAUUUGCUGGAGAGCUGAUCGACAGGUUUGGACAUUUCAAAAUAUGGCAUGGUGCUGGAUCAGUUCUGGUUGCAGUUUCUUUCUCUUCUGUUUUUGGCAUUUGCCUUCCAUGUAAAAUCUUUAGGACAAAUUCAUCUGCAAUUCUGACAAUUAGUUAUAGUACUUUUGCUGCAAUUUUCAAUGUGGGUUGGGCGGCUACCCAAGUUUCACACAUGUCUAUGGUGAAUUGCAUCACACUGAAUCCAACAACCAGAGUUGUGCUAGCUAGUUGUCGUAAUGCCUUUACAAUGGUGGCCAACCUCAGCCUAUAUGCAGUUGCUCUGACAGUGUUUAAUGUUAGCAAACCAAGAACACCUAUUGAUAUUGAAAAUCAGUACCGCUGGAUUGCAUAUUUGUCAAUUUUCAUUGGAUGCUGUUUCGUGAGCAUAUUCCUUAUUGGAACCAAAGAGCCAAGAUUGAAGCAAGGAAUACACGGAACAAGUAACCAUAGAAUAUCAUGGGCACAUUGGUUCAAGAAAGUAUUAUACUAUCAAGUUGCUAUUGUUUAUGUACUCACUCGACUAGUAACGAAUGUUUCACAGGCAUUCCUUGCAUUUUACGUCAUUAAUGAUCUGCAAAUGGCUCAAUCAUCUAAGGCAUUGGUACCUGCUAUCAUCUACAUAUGCAGCAUUGUGGUAUCUGUCAUUUUACAGGAGAUUACUUGGACUGGCCAACGUCUCAAGGCCUUCUUUACUGCUGGAGGUGUUCUUUGGAUAUUUUCUGGUGCGGGGAUCCUUUUUCUUCCCAGUACCAUGCAAAAUCUUAUGUACCUUUUAUCAGUGGCUAUUGGUGUUGCCAAUGCAUUAAUGACGGUGACAGGAGUGAGCAUGCAAAGUGUUUUAGUUGGAGAAGAUUUAAAUGGUUGUGCAUUUGUUUAUGGGUCAUUGAGCUUCUUGGACAAAAUCUCAUGCGGGCUUGCUUUGUACAUUCUUGAAUCCAAUCAAGAUAUCAACACGACAAUGACGAAGGUAUUGUCUUCGGUUUGUUUGGGUAAUAUGAUCAUUCUCUAUGAGUGGAGCAAGGUAUCGUCUUCAGUUUGUUUGGAGUCACAAUCAUCACCAGUGUUAUAUUACAGCCACGAGACGGUUCUGGUGUCAUUGGUAAUAACCGGCAUAGCUUCAAGUACAACUGAUCUGGUGGAAGGCGAGCUCUGUCAACCGACUGUGAGUAGAUAAAACCAUCAACAGAUGAAAGAGUGAUGCAGUGGUGGAAGCUUAGGCUGCAUUUGGAAGCAAUGUAGGCGUUUGGAAGGAGUACGUAAUUAUGAUCAACAUAAAACUCCACUCUAGUUCACUUUUGUGUGCGUUUGGAUGGAUUGGAGUUUUACGUCACUAAUCAAUGUAAAACCUCAUCAAGCAUAAAG